UUUUGUUUACAUGUGAAAAGUAUUUUCAAACGUGACAGCACUCCAUUUGACCUAAUCUUUAACCAUUGUUUUUUAUUGUUAAUCUGUGUUAAAUCACUCAUUUAUAAUUUCUAUUUUAAUAAUUUAAAUAAUGUAAAAUGAAAACUUUCACUUUAGAGAAGAUUAAAUCAAUUCAAGAUGAUGUUUCCCAUAUUAGAAAUAUAUGUAUUUUGGCUCAUGUUGACCAUGGCAAAACAACCCUAGCUGAUUAUCUUAUCGCAAGUAAUGGCAUUAUAUCACUUCGAUUGGCUGGUAAAUCGAGGUACAUGGAUAGUAGACCUGAUGAACAACAACGGGGAAUCACUAUGAAAUCAAGUAGCAUCGCUCUUGGACAUUCCAUCGAUGAUCAAGAUUAUCUUGUUAAUGUUAUCGAUUCACCUGGACAUGUCGACUUUUGUGGUGAAGUGUCAACCGCUAUAAGACUGUGUGAUGGUGCUUUAAUAAUUAUUGAUGUGGUAGAAGGACUCUGUGCUCAAACCAAGACAGCUAUUCGCCAAGCAUGGAUCGAGAUGAUCAAACCUAUUUUAGUGUUAAAUAAAAUUGAUCGUCUCAUUAUGGAGAAACAGUUGACACCUAUAGAUGCUUAUGUUCAUUUGCAGCAAAUCUUGGAACAAGUUAAUGCUUUAAUGGGUGAAUUUUACAAUGUUGAAGUUCUAGAAGAAGAUGAAGAAGACGAUAAUGCAGAAAAAUCUGCAGGAAAAAGAAACAAUCAAGUAGAUAAUCCAAAUUUAAAUAAUGAUACAGAUGAAGCAACUUAUGACUGGAGUACAGGUUUAGAUGACAAAGAUGAUUCCAAUUACUAUUUUGCCCCAGAACAAGGAAACGUUGUCUUUGCUAGUGCCUUAGAUGGUUGGGGUUUUACAAUUCAAGAUUUUGCCAAAUGGAUUAGUGGAAAACAUGGAUUUAAAGUAGAAACUCUUAAUAAAACUCUUUGGGGCGAUUAUUACCUCAAUAGCAAAACAAAACGUAUAAUGAAAGGUGCUCAAGCAAAGGCUAAAAAGCCCCUUUUUGUAUCAAUGAUUUUAGAGAAUAUUUGGUCCAUUUAUGAUUCUGUGAUGAUAAGAAGAGAUAAAUUAAUGACUGAUAAAAUAAUAUCAACGCUCGAUUUGACAUUACAUCGUCGCGAUGUAACUCACAAUGAUCCUCGAGUGGUCCUUCAAUCUAUAUUAACUCACUGGUUAUGCCUGGCACCUAAUUUGUUAACGGCUGUUUGUACUUUAAUCCCAAGUCCAUUAGAAUUAACAGGAGAAAGAGCGGAAAAGUUAAUGUGUUCCAAUACAACUAGAUUUGAACUAUUUCCUCAACAAACUAAAGAUAUGAAAGAUGCGUUUCUUCACUGUUCCAAAGAUGGCCCUACAAUUGUUUGUAUUUCCAAAAUGUUUCCCGUAGAGAAAAAUACUCUACCUCAGUAUAAGCCUAAACCAUUGACACAGGAAGAAAUUGCUCAUCGUCGAGAUCUCGUUAAAGCUGCUAUAAUGUCUAGUGAUGGAAGAUCCAUUUCCACAGAGGAAGAUAAUGAUUACUCGAAUAGAAUACGAACAACACCAACUGCUCAGACAAACGAUUACGACGAGGAUGAAAUUAGAGAAAACAUUGUUUUCCUUGCUUUCGCCAGAGUUUUCAGUGGAACUCUGAAAUCCGGUGAUCAACUAUAUGUUCUACAUCCUAAGCACGAUGUAACUAAAAUAACAUCUGAUACUAUGAUAGAUCCUAGCGCCAAGUUAACUGACUUGAAAACGGACCAACACAUUACCUGUGCCAAAGUGGAUGGACUUUAUAUUCUUAUGGGUCGUGGUUUGGCGUCAAUUGAUUCAGUAGGAUCAGGAAAUAUUGUUGGAAUUGCCGGUCUUGAAGAUCAUGUCAUCAAAUCAGCAACCCUUUCUAAUAGUAUUUAUUGUCCACCCUUCAUCGACCUUCAUGUUCCCUCUCAACCCAUUUUAAGGGUUGCCAUUGAGCCGGUAAAUCCUAUUGAUAUGGGUAAAUUGAUUAAAGGUCUUAAAUUAUUGAAUCAAUCUGAUCCUUGUGUCGAGGUUAGGAUUCAAGACUCGGGUGAACAUGUCAUCAUUACUACAGGAGAAAUUCAUAUGCAAAAAUGUGUCGAUGAUCUCGUGAAUAAAUUUGCUGGAAUUGAAGUUAAUGUUUCUGCACCAAUCGUACCUUUUAGAGAGACAAUCGUUGCUUUACCAACUCUAACAAGCGAUCAAACUUCAAACAAUAGCCAUGUUUUACCAAUUAAUGGCUCUCAUAACUCAUCUCAAUCUUCAGAAAUAACAUCUUCCUCACAGUCAUUACAAACUUCAAAUUCAUCAUCAACACAAAAAUGUACAGUUAUAGUCAAUGGCGAUGAGAUUUUACAAGAUUCGGAAGGUUUUCUUAUACUAACCACACCAAAUAAGAAGUCAACAAUUAAAAUUAAGGCUGUUCCUCUUCCGGAAGAAGUUGUCAAAUUACUGGAAGUCAACUGUGAUCUAAUCAAGAAAGUGGAUGACAUUAAUAAAAACAGAAGUCAUUUGGAUCAUAAUUUAAUUAGUAGUGAUCUUAUUAAAAGAUGGAAUGAAUUCAAAGACAAAUUGAGUGAAACCUUAUCCGAGAACAGUAUUGCCGGGUUGAAAGAGAAUUUCGAAUGUAUUUGGUCUUUCGGACCAAAAUAUUGCGGUCCUAAUAUACUUUUCAAUGCUAUGGACGAUUUUCCAAGAUCAUUAUGGUCAACCAUUUACUCUUCAUCACCAUCUUCAGUCGUUUCACCAUCAUUAACAGAUGACAUUAGAUCUGACUAUGAGUACAGUUUCAUUAGUGGUUUUCAAUUAGCAUCUUUUUCUGGUCCACUCUGUGAAGAGCCAAUGUAUGGCGUUGCAUUCAUCAUUAAAUCUUGGACAAUUGAACCAACUAAUCAACUGGCGUCUAGUUCAACGGAAAGUGAUCCAUAUGGACCAUUUACCGGUCAAAUAAUGUCAACUGUUAAAGAUGGCUGUCGAAAAGCGUUUCAAGCUCAACCUCAGCGUCUCAUGGCAGCAAUGUAUUCCUGCACAAUCCAAGUAACCAGUGAAGCUUUGGGUAAAAUGUAUGCUGUUAUCCGUCGUCGUCAUGGACGAACCAUUCAUGGUGAUAUGCAACAAGGUUCAUCAAGUUUCACUGUAACCGCCAUUUUACCGGUUAUUGAGAGCUUCCAAUUUGCUAAUGAAAUACGCAAACAGACAAGUGGAAUGGCCUUACCUCAGCUUGUUUUCAGUCAUUGGGAGGUUAUUGAUAUUGAUCCAUUUUGGGUUCCAACCACUGAAGAAGAAUAUGAAUUGUAUGGAGAAAAGGCAGACACUGAGAAUCGAGCCAGGAUUUACAUGAAUUCUGUUCGUAAACGGAAAGGCCUUCCUGUCGAUGAAAAGAUUGUUGAACAUGCCGAAAAGCAAAGAACUUUUAAACGAAACAAAUAAUUAUUUUUCAAGGCAAUUUCUUGGAAUAAUUUCUACAGAUUUCCAGAGUUUAUUUACUUCUUUAGUAACAUUUGAUUCGCGAAAAUCGCUUGGGUUCAGUUGACGCUGAACAGAAAAGGACAAAACUAUAUUGACAAUCUUGGAUUUUUUUUAUUGUAUCAUUGAUCCUGGAUAAAUGCAAUCGUGUUGAUUACUUUUUUACUUGAUUAAUAAAGUAAAUAUCUUGUUCUAUGAAAAAAUUAA